AUGGCGACGCAGUCAAUCUCUCGCUCCAUCCUUCGCCGGCCGGCGAAAUCCCUUUCCGGGAUUUUCACUCGUUGCUUCUCUUCGUCAUCUCCUCUCGCCAAAUCCCGAUCUGCGUCCUCGUUGCUGCACCGUUCCCGUCCACUCGUUGCCGGAUUCUCCUCCAGAUUCGUCCCUACCGGUGUGUUUCCGGCUAGAGAUCUGUCGACGCAAGCUACUUCGUCUUCAGUGAACGACCCGAACCGUAAUUCAUCGGAUGACGCGACUGUGCUCGAUGGUUGUGAUUUCGAGCAUUGGCUUGUCGUCAUGGAAGAUCCUGAAGACCAUCUCAGUAGAGACGAAAUCAUUGAUUCCUACAUCAAAACCCUAGCCCAAGUUGUUGGCAGUGAAGAAGAAGCAAUAAUGAAAAUCUACACUGUUUCUCAUCGACUCUACUAUGCUUUUGGAGCACUUGUGUCAGAAGAUGUUUCUCUUAAGCUCAAAGGAGAACCUUUCAUUAAUGGAAAGGCUGUUCCUUAUGACCCAAAGUAUCAUGAUGAGGGGUUAAAGAUGCAUACUAGACCAUAUGAAUGGAGUAGGCACCAGAAGUACAGUGGUCCACCACCACAGCCGCAACCAAACAUGAGUCCGAGCUACCAGGGACAACUUAUCACCACCGAACAUAACAUAAAAGGUGGUGGAAUGCAGCAGGAGCCUUGCUUGCCCAAUGGAGUUUUAAGGUGUUUAAGUAGUUAA